AUGCUUGCUCGCAAAGUAAUCGCUGGAGGACAACAAAUCAAGAAAAUCAAUGAGCACCUGAGGGCAAGUAAGGCAGAUGAACCCCAAAAAUCUGAAGAUUCCUUCAAGUAUGCAACUGAGGGGGAAGAAACUGUUUCAUCUGAAACAGAGGAGGUAACGUCUGGUCCAAAAAUUACAUCUAAGACAAUCUCUGAGGUUGCUGAAAAUCUGGAAAAUAGGUUUGUUUUCGUAGGAACUAUGGCUGGAGUUGAAACAACUGAGUCUAGGAAAAUGGGUGUGUGGAGUGAGGAAUCUGCUGGAGAAGAAGAAAGUUUGAGAGAAAAGGGGGGUAGUAGGUCUGGAGAAGCCACUGAGAGGUCGGUUGGGUUGGGGAAGAAUGUUCAAGAACCUAUUCCAUCUGUGGAGGAAACCCUCGAAGACCAAUUGAAAAGAGUGUCUAACAGUUACAAUCCAAAAAGGAAGAAGAGUUCAGGAGUUAAAAUUUCUAGUACUGCUAGGGGAGAGCUACAAGGAGUUAGAAGAAGCAGAGUGAGGCUGAACUGGAAAAAAUCCCUAGAAGAGAGUAAAAGAAAAGUUGUUGUAAAGAGAAAAAAGAAAGUAGUUAAGCUUGUUGAGGCAGUUGAAAUUGAGGAGACGGACUUGGUCCUUUAUGAUGAAGAGGUGGCAGAAGAGGUGGAGGUUGUGACUCCAAAGGCAAAGAAAAUUAAGACUUCCAAAACGAAAUCUCAUUCGAAGACAAAGUCUGCAGAGCCUUCUACCUUGGCUAAAAGAACCAGGUCCGCCAUGAAAUCUAAGAAAGUGAAAAUAGUGGAGGAAGAAGAAAGUGAAGAUGAAGAAGAAACUGAUCAAGAAUAG